CUGCGGCACGUGGGAUCUUCCCGGACCGGGGCACGAAUCCGUGUCCCCUGCAUCGGCAGGUGGACUGUCAACCACUGCGCCACCAGGGAAGCCCUGAACAUGUACUUAAAAAAAAAAAUUUUAUUUAAUUAAUUUAUUUUUGUCUGUGUUGGGUCUUCGUUGCUGCGCACAGGCUUUCUCUAGUUGCGGUGAGCAGGGGCUGCUCUUCAUUGCAGUGCGCGGGCUACUCAUUGCAGAGGCUUCUCUUGUUGUGGAGCACGGGCUGUAGGCGCACGGGCUUCAGUAGUUGUGGCUUGCGGGCUCUAGAGCGCAGGCUCAGUAGUUGUGGUGCGCAGGCUUAGUUGCUCCACGGCAUGUAGGAUCUUCCCGGACCAGGGCUUGAACCCGUGUCCCCUGCAUUGGCAGGCGGAUUCUUAACCACUGCGCCACCAGGGAAGUCCCGAACAUGCACUUUUCUUGUUUGAUCUCUUGUUUUCAGGUAAUCAGCAAUUAGCUCUUCUGUUUCAUCUUUCUGAUGAGAUUGUUUUGUAGGCCAUUUAUUUUCCUUUUUUUCUUAACUACUGCUCCCCAUCCUGGGUCUGUCUUGGUCUACUUCCUUGGACUGGAUGAUUUCCCAGGAUGCCAGAUCUCUAAGGGGUAUUCUUGCAGGAGCAGAAGGUUGUACCACUGUGCUGUCUCAUAGGAAAACAGUGUAUAGGUUAUUCCUGGUCCAGGGAGCUACUCUGUACUUUAGUUCUUUUCUUUUUUUAAUGGCAUAAAGUAUCUCUUUUGUUUCUCAAUUGGGGUGAGGGGAAGACCUAUGGAUCCAGCUGUGAGAUGCCUGCCAAGAGCUUUAUGUAGGGUGAAAGGGAGCAGGACUGUAGUGAGUAUUAGGGGGCAUGGAAUAAAAACUUCAGUUUUGGACUUCCCUGGUGGCGCAGUGGUUAAGAAUCUGCCUGCCAGUGCAGGGGACACGGGUUCGAUCCCUGGUCCAGAAAGAUCCUGCAUGUCGCAGAGCAACAGCCCGUGCGCCACAACUGCAGAGCCCAUGCACCACAACUGUUGAGCCCACACACCGCAACUACUGAAGCCCGUGCACUCUAGGGCCCGCAUGCCGCAACUACUGAGCCCAUGUGCUGCAACUACUGAAGCCUGUGCGCCUAAAGCCCAUGCUCCGCAACAAGAGAAGCUGCCGCAGUGAGAAGCCUGCACACCACAACGAAGAGUAGCCCCUGCUCGCUGCAACUAGAGAAAGCCAGUGUGCAGCAAUGAAGACCCAAUGCAGCCAAAAUAAAACAAACAAACAAACAAAAAACUUCAAUUAUGACUAGGCCCAGCUUCUGCAUUAGGAAGGAGUCUGGUACCUUCCAUUUUCUUUUAUGUUUUGGCUAUUUUCUUUGCUCUGGGAAUCCAUUAUAGCAUUUGCAUUAAUUCUGUACCUGUCCCUUCUGAGUUAUUUUGACUACAUGGAAAUCCACUGUCCAUUUUUCAAAGACAGUUGGUGAAAUAGGAAGAAAACAGGGUGUGGAUCAUAUGUAAAUUUAUGUAGAUUAAUGCACACCGAUGACAUCUUUUCUCCUCUUCCUUCUACAACCAAACUAGGUAAAUAAGAGACAUUGGAUGAUCAUCAAUGGUUGAAUUAAUAAAAACUUAAAGCAUAAUUGCCAGGUUUGCAAGAUCAUAGGGUUUUAGUGAGGAUAAAAAAAAGAUAAGGUGUGUAAAGCAGUUCUUCUCAAACUUUAACAUGCAUAGGAAUCAUCUGGGGAGCUUGUUAAACUGCAGACUUCUGAUUCAGUAGGUCUGGGUUGGGGCCCAAGAUUCUGCAUUUCUAAUAAGCUCCCAGGUGAUUCAGAUGCUGCUGGUCUGUGGACCUCACUUUGGAUAGCAUUUAGCUUGUUGCCUGGCACAUAGUAGCACAGCUGACUCUUAAAUCGGGGGUGGGGAGGGUUAGGGUCUCCAAGCCUCUGUCCAGUGGAAAAUCCACCUAUAAUUUUACAGUUGAAGGUCCUCUGUAUCUGUGCUUCCACAUCUGCACAUUCAGGCACCCAUGGAUCAUGUAGUAGCAGUAAGUACUUAUUGAAAAAAAUCUUGAGUUUAAGUGGACCAGGGAGUUCAAACCUGUGUUGUUGAAGGGUCAACUGUACUUGAUCAAUGUUGUUACUAAUUGACACCAGAUAGUUUGUGAGGGUCAAAAAGACCCUCUACCACCAAAUAUCUUCACCAUGUCUGAAAACUCCUGUGUUUUUAUUGUGUAACAUCUUUUAAAAAAGUGAAUGUCCCUGGGAGGACUAGUGAAUGUGAAUUAGACCAAUUAGACUGCCGCCCUCACAGCUCUCAGAAGUCAGCAUUGAAGGGUUUAGAAUUGCUGCUGCUGCUUCUAGUGCUUCUUUGCCAGCUUUACUGAAGUAUAAUUUAUAAAAUUGUACAAUACAAUAAAGUUCACCAGUCUUAAAUCUUGCUGAAUUUUGGCAAAUGGAGACAGUUGUGUAACCACCACCACAGUUAUGUUAUAGAGCAUUUCCAUCACCUCAAAAAGUUCCCUCAUGGGACUUCCCUGGUGGCUCAGUGGCUAAGAAUCCACUUGCCAAUGCAGAAGACACGGGUUCAAUCCCUGGUCCGGGAGGAUCCCACAUGCCGCGGAGCAACUAAGUCCGUGCACCACAACUACUGAGCCUGCGCUCUAGGGCCCGCGUGCUGCAACUACUGAAGCCCAUGCACCUAGAGCCCAUGCUCUGCAACAAGAGAAGCCACCACAGUGAGAAGCCCGCGCACCGUGACGAAGAGUAGCUCCUGCUCUCCACAACUAGAGAAACUCCACGCGCAGCAAUGAAGACCCAAUGCAAAAAAAAAGAAAAAAAAAGUUCCCUCAUUUCCCCCUACGCAACUAGAAAUUCUAAUGGGGGGAUAAGGAAGGGAAUUUCAGAGUCAGAGUGGAGGAAGACCAACAAGCUCCAGUUGCUUCAGUUUUGCCUGGGAAGCAGGAGAUCACAACCCUGCAUCCCCUGUGCCUCCUCUCCACCCCAAGAGUGCUUUGACAGAUCUUCAAAUCCCAGCUGAGUUGGAUGUGUAUUUUGUACCUUGUUAAUUUAGAAUGACCCACUCAUCCCCGUUUGCCCAGAACUUUACUGGUUUUAGCACUCAAAUACCCAUGUCCAGAAAACUCAUCUCAGGUCCCAGACAAACCAUUGAUGGUUGGUCACCCUAGCUGUGAUGUUCAUGCCAUUGUUUCUAAGCCUGAGGUUGCCAUCUCAUUUUAGAGUCACUUCUCUCAUGUGAGCACAUAGUAGGCACUUGGUAAAUGAGUCUGUGGAUGGACACAAAUGAACCUCAGUUGUAGGCAGCUGCAGAUUCCUGGCCUGGAGAACAGGAGACCUGUGUUCUGGUCCUGGCGCUGCCAGGUUUGCAGCGGUGUGAUCCUAGGAAAGUGGUUUCUCACUCUAGGUAUGUUUCCUCCACUGCAAAAUAGGGGAACUUUAGUCAUUUCUGCCUCUGCUGUGAUACUGCUCUCCCUGUACAUGGGAUUAUGUUCUGAUGUCACUUCCACUCAGCUUUCUCUCUCUCUCUCUUGCCUCUUGCUUUUUACCCCCUUCAAAUAUAUAUAUAUUUAGUAGAUCAAUAAUUUAUGUAAGGGCAGGUUGGUAAUGGAAUUGCUGAUGGGCCAGGUUUAUGCAGAGUGCUUCUGUGAGAGCAAUAGAGUUUGGACCUUGAACCAAGCAGCUGUGGCUGGGAGUUGGAGCAUCAAGUCUCUGUCUUCAGCUAAGUGUGUGUAAUGACCUAAUUUGCUCUUUGUGCGUGCCUGGGAGGGAGGGGGGUGGGCAUAGGGAGCCUGCUGUUUAGGAAUUUUCCUGGGUGGAUGAGGGGGUACCCUGGGAAAUAGGAUUUUAAAGCUUCUUGUCCACUGGAGGGAGUUAUUUCCAGCUGAGAUAGUGCCCAGGAAAGAGCAUCCCAGGGUCUUAUUCGGUAUUCUAGCACAGAAGAAGGAAUAAAAUGAGAAAUACCAGGACUUGGGCUGGAACCUGUGGCCAACUUAGGGUCAGGAAGCUGCAUUUUUCUGUUCCUGGUUCUGCCACGUGCCGUCUGUGGAACUAGGGGCACAUUGUGUAACCUCUCUGAGCCUUGGUGUUUGUCUCUAAUUUUCCUUUUUAAUGGAGUGAGUCUGCACUGCCUACCUCACAGGGUGGUGUGAUUCAAUGAGGUGACAUAGGUGGGAGUUCACUGAAUGAAUGAAAUGUCAGUUGUUACCACUAACUUUAAUCUUUGGACCUGUAUGAUGGGGUCUGAUUCAUGGGGGGAGGGAAGUGGAGAGAAAUUUGGGGAUUUUGUCUGCUUAGUUCUUCCAAUAAUGUCAUCAGUACCCCCUGGCUCUGAACAAGAUAGGAAGGGUAGGUUUGAGGGAGGUACUACUUCUUUGGUUAGAAGACACCCCAGCCUAACUUCCUCUUUGACAAUAUUCCUGACUUUUGGAAAAAGCUUUUCCUUGGCUAUAAAGUCUGCUCCUUCUGCCCUCAUUUCCAAAUUUUGGGGGCAAUGGAGCAAGAACUCUGCUUGAACCCCUCAGCUAAGGCCAGCCAGAUACCCCUUCCUACCUAGAGGGGGCUUUCUCAUGCGACUGAGUGUCUCCCUCUGGGGCUGCAGGCCUGUGAAGGGUUAAGCGAGCCACACCCUCAGCAGGAACAGCCUCGGACUUUGUGCUGAGCAGCCAUCUCAGGGCUCGCCUGGCCUGACUGGCACAGGGAGCCCUGGCUGGAGGAGGCUGCACAGAGGAAGGUCAGCAUCGUGGACGCUGGGAAGAAGAGGGUCGAAUAUCUCCUGUCUUCCUUGACACCAUGGACAGCUCCCAUUAACGAGGGCACCUCUCCAGCCUUGGGGCCUGGGACUCCUAUGCCCCCUUCCUGUCGAAUUGGGAUUUCAUCCACCAGUCUCCAAGAGACACUGAAGUUACACCCUAGUUCCAGUAUUGGGUGAGUCCUUCCUUAACCUGCCUGUACUUCUCUUUUCACAUCUUUGGGUGCCCCAUGUGGGGGCUGCUUCCCCCACCUCCAACCAAUCUUAUUCCCAUUUCUUUCAAAUCUAAAUCCAAAGAAGAUGCCUUCUCCCAGCUCUGCUUCUGCUUCUCUCCCUUCCCUGCCAAGUUAUUUAAAAUCUUAACUUUUUUUGUUUAAUCUAGAAAAUGUGGGAUGAUAAUAGUAUCUACUUCAUGGGGAUAUUGUAAGCAUCAAGUGAAUUAGUGUAUGUAAAGUGUUUAGAGCCUGCCUAGCCUGUAGUACAUACUACCUGAUUGCUAAAGGUUGCGAUAGUCAUUAUUAUUGCUCCCUCCGUUGUGACUUUACAGGAAGUGACAGGUGCUCCCUUUUCCCGAAGCUUGGGGAAGGCAGAGUGAAGGGAGAAGGCAGCCCGUGCCCCCUUCUUGCCCCACCUUCCCUUCCUGCUUCCCUCCCUUCCCCCAGUCAGUUUCAGCAAUGCAGCACAGGAGGAUGUGGCUCUUUUAUUCCUGUUAGGGAGUGUCGUUGACCAUUGUAAUAGUCCCGUCCUGCACAGGUCGCCCUGCCUACUCAGUCCCCCAGGAAAGACUGAGGAGGGCUGGGCUUCCACUCUAGGGAGCACCUGCCAUAUGCCUACUGCGUGGAGGCCGAGCCGCACAGUGUCCCCUGCCCCUCUGACUCUGCCCAUUCCCACCAGCUACUAAAAAACUAGGUGUGUCCCUCUGGGGCAAAGUCCAUGCCAGAAGCUUAUGGUCAUGGGUGUAAAAUCUGGACAUGGAAAUAUAGGGACAGACGUGUAGGCACAUCCAGAGGUCCUGACAGCUACUUGCUUUUGGGGAAACAAACCUCAUUUUCAUUUUCUUUGGGGUAUUCCAGCCUUUUACGGAGGAACUUCCAUCUCUGUCCUUGAGCUCAUCACCUCUUCCAGUCCCCAUUUAAAAAAUGAAUCUCACUGUAGCAGAGAGAUGGGAGGAAAGACACUGGCACAAUUUUUCAAAGGGGUAUGGGGUGUGCUGGGUGACUGAAACGGGGGCUGUGAGAGGCGGGGAGUUGAGAAGGAGAAUGGGGGACAAAGAGUCAGGGAGUCUGGACCCUGGCCUCAGCCUCCGUGCAGGAGGGAGGGAGCUUUUGGUGCCUGGCUGUGGCAUGAAGUUUGCUUACCCUUUCCUCCCCAGCCCUCUCCCCUGCAAGCACAAGGAUGCUCCCCCAGCUGCUGCCUACUGGGUGCCUUCUUUACCCUGGUGGUCCUGUCCCACCCCCACCAACCCUAAUUCAGGGAGCAGAGCAUUCCCUCGCCUCCCACCAGGAGUUUCUGCAGCCUCCACUGUUAGCUUGGGCUGGCCCAGAGGCCUUUCCCAGGUUGGGGGCUCUCUCUAGGGCCAGAACUGGGGGAGGGGAAAGCUCUCUUGGUCCUUCUGCCUUCCUCCCCUCAAACAGCUACUGGCCUCUAGAGCUGAGCAGACAUCAACAAACUGAUCCCAGGAUCAGCUGCUCCUCUGGACAUGACUCUCCUGGAAGGGUCCAUUGGGGUGGAGGACCUUGUGCUCCUGGAACCCCUGGAGCAGGAGUCUCUGAUCAAGAACCUCCAGCUGCGCUAUGAGAACGGGGAGAUUUAUACCUACAUUGGGAACGUGUUGGUCUCAGUGAAUCCCUACCAACAGCUGCCCAUCUAUGGCCCAGAGUUCAUUGCCAGAUACAGGGACUAUACCUUCUACGAGCUGAAGCCCCAUGUCUAUGCACUGGCAAAUGAGGCAUACCAGUCACUGAGGGACCAGGACCAAGACCAGUGUAUCCUCAUCACGGGCGAGAGUGGAGCUGGCAAGACAGAGGCUAGUAAGCUAGUGAUGACUUACGUGGCGGCUGUCUGUGGGGAAGGGGAACGGGUGAACUCUGUGAAGGAACAACUGCUUCAGUCAAAUCCAGUGCUGGAGGCUUUUGGCAAUGCCAAGACCAUUCGCAACAACAACUCCUCUCGAUUUGGAAAAUACAUGGAUGUUGAGUUUGACUUCAAGGGAUCCCCCCUUGGUGGCAUCAUCACAAACUAUCUGCUUGAGAAAUCCCGCGUGGUGAAGCACCUUGAAGGAGAAAGAAACUUCCACAUCUUCUAUCAGCUACUGGCUGGAGCAGAUCCAGAGCUGCUGAAGGCCCUGAAGCUUGAGCGGGACACAAAUGGCUAUACCUACCUGAACCCGGGGGCAUCCAGGGUGGAUGGCAUGGACGACACUGCCAACUUCAAGGCCCUCCAGAGUGCGAUGACUGUGAUUGGGUUCUCCAAGGAGGAGAUUCGGCAGGUGCUAGAGGUGGUGGCCCUGGUGUUGAAGCUGGGGAAUGUGGAACUGGCAGAUGAGUUCCAGGCCAAUGGGGUACCAGCAAGUGGCAUCCGUGAUGGGAGAGGUAUUCAAGAGAUUGGGGAAAUGGUGGGUUUGAAUUCAGUGGAACUAGAGAGAGCUUUGUGCUCAAGGACCAUGGAAACGGCCAGAGAAAAAGUGGUCACUGCACUGAAUGUCGUCCAGGCUCAGUACGCUCGGGAUGCUCUGGCUAAGAACGUCUACAGCCGCCUUUUCACCUGGCUGGUGAAUCGAAUCAAUGAGAGUAUCCAGGUGGGCACUGGGGAGAAAAGGAAGGUCAUGGGGGUCCUGGAUAUCUAUGGCUUUGAAAUAUUAGAGGAUAAUAGCUUUGAGCAAUUUGUGAUCAACUACUGCAAUGAGAAGCUACAGCAGGUGUUCAUAGAGAUAACGCUGAAAGAGGAGCAAGAGGAAUAUAAGAGAGAGGGCAUACCGUGGGUGAAGGUGGACUACUUUGAUAAUGGCAUUAUCUGUAACCUCAUUGAGGAUAAUCAACGAGGCAUCCUGGCCAUGCUGGACGAGGAGUGCCUGCGGCCUGGGGUGGUCAGUGACUCCACCUUCCUAGCAAAGCUGAACCAGAUCUUCUCCAAGCAUGGCCACUAUGAGAGCAAAGUCACCCAGAAUGCCCAGCACCAGUAUGACCACAGCAUGGGCCUCAGCUGCUUCCGCAUCUGCCACUAUGCGGGCAAGGUGACCUACAACGUGAACAGCUUCAUCGACAAGAAUAACGACCUGCUCUUCCGGGACUUGUCCCAGGCCAUGUGGAAGGCCCAGCACCCCCUCCUUCGGUCCUUGUUUCCUGAGGGUGAUCCAAAGCAGGCGUCUCUCAAACGCCCCCCAACUGCUGGGGUCCAGUUCAAGGGUUCUGUGGCCAUUCUCAUGAAGAACCUGUAUUCCAAGAAACCCAACUACAUCAGGUGUAUAAAGCCCAAUGAGCAUCAGAAGCGAGGUGAGUUCUCCUCGGAGCUGGUGGCCGUCCAGUCUCGGUACCUGGGGCUGCUGGAGAAUGUGCGGGUGCGACGAGCAGGCUAUGCCUACCGCCAGGCCUACGGGUCCUUCCUGGAAAGGUACCGAUUGCUGAGCCGGAGCACUUGGCCUCGCUGGGACGGUGGAGACCGGGAGGGGGUCGAGAAGGUCCUGGGGGAGCUGAGUGUGUCCUCAGAGGAGCUGGCCUUUGGGAGGACAAAGAUCUUCAUCAGAAGCCCCAAGACUCUUUUCCACCUGGAAGAUCAGAGGCGCCUACGAAUCCAUCAGCUGGCCACACUCAUACAGAAGAUGUACCGAGGCUGGCGCUGCCGCGUCCACUACCAACUGAUGCGCAAGAGUCAGAUCCUCAUUUCCUCUUGGUUUCGGGGCAACAUGCAAAAGAAACGCUAUGGGAAGAUGAAGGCAUCAGCAUUGUUGAUCCAGGCUUUUGUGAGAGGUUGGAAGGCUCGCAAGAAUUAUCGGAAGUACUUCCGGUCAGGGGCUGCCCUCACCUUGUCAGAUUUCAUCUACAAGAGCAUGGCACAGAAAUUCCUCCUGGGGCUGAAGAACGAUUUGCCGUCUACCAAUGUCUUGGACAAAAGGUGGCCAGCUGCCCCUUACAAGUACUUCAACACAGCUAACCACGAGCUUCAGAAGCUCUUCUACCAAUGGAAGUGCAAGAAAUUCCGGGAUCAGCUGUCCCCGAAGCAGGUAGAGGUCCUAAGGGAGAAGCUCUGUGCCAGCGAACUGUUCAAGGGCAAGAAGGCUUCAUACCCCCAGAGUGUCCCUAUUCCAUUCCACGGUGACUACAUUGGGCUGCAAGGAAACCCCAAGCUACAGAAGCUGAAGGGCAGGGAGGAAGGGCCUGUUCUGGUGGCUGAGACUGUGAUGAAGGUCAACCGUGGCAAUGGCAAGACUUCCUCUCGAAUUCUCCUUCUGACCAAGGGGCAUGUGAUUAUCUCAGACACCAAGAAUUCCCAGGCCAAGAUUGUCAUCGCGCUAAACAGUGUGGCCGGGGUGUCAGUCACCAGCUUCAAGGAUGGGCUUUUUAGCUUGCAUCUGAGUGAGAUAUCGUCAGUGGGCUCCAAAGGGGACUUCCUGCUGGUCAGCGAGCAUGUGAUUGAACUGCUGACCAAGAUGUACCGGGCUGUGCUGGAUGCCACACAGAGGCAGCUUCCAGUCACCGUGACUGAGGAGUUCUCAGUGAGGUUCAAGGAGAGCAGCUUGGCUGUCAAGGUCAUCCAGGGCCCUGGGGGUGGUGGGAAUGGCAAGCUGAGCUGCAAGAAGAAGGGGAGUCGUUGCCUGGAGGUGACGGUACAGUGAGGAGGUGCAGCAGUUUCUUCUUCCUGGACCAGCACCGGCCCUACUCCCACCCACCCACCUUCGUGGGAGGCUCCCGUGCCUGAGCCCUCUGAUGGGAGGUGGGGCUCAGAGAGUGCAGAACCCUUGAAGAGGACCUUGCUUCUCCCAAGCCUUUCCAAUCCUCUCUCCAAACUUAGCUUCCUCCCGCCCUCAGCCUCUUUGCCCACUAAUAAAACAAGAGGCUUUGCAAAC